GCAGAAUGUACUGUUGGUCUUUGAUCGGUGCGCAUGCCUUAAAGUUUUAGUGGGUGCAGUGCGGCUUUGGACUAAGGUCGUUUGUUUACUGAAGCGAAUCACGCAUGGGUGAGACUGAAUCCGCGGAUACUUAACACAUUACUUUUCUUUUACGGAAUUAUUAUCACGACGGAUCCCGUACACGAAGGCACAGCAAUGAAGGACAAGGCUUGUUCCAACUUUGUGUACAUGCCCCUUCAUGACCGGGUUAGCCCAGAACGAUCGACGGGAUCGGGAUCGGGAUCGGGAUCGGGAAUGGGCAGCAGUAGUGAGAAACUUAAAGGCCACGAAACGGCGACAAGUCGAGACUUGGAUGCAAAAGAAGUGACGAUCGUCAAGUCUAAAAUUGUGGUGGUCGGUGACUGUUGUUGCGGGAAAACUUCUUUAAUUCACAGAUACGUCAACGGGGAAUACAAGGAGGCGUACACACCCACGGGAUUCGACACAUUUACGAGUACAUACAACGUCUCCAGCACAUACAGAAUACAGCUCAGUAUUUGGGAUACUUCCGGUGAUGCUGGGUACGACAGAGUUCGUCCCCUUUCCUACACAGACGCCGAUCUCAUCAUGGUGUGUUUCUCGGUGUCGGACCCCGAGUCGAUGGACAACGUCGUGUCCAAGUGGGUGCCGGAAGUGCGCGAACACUGUCCUAAACAACCCAUAAUGCUGGUUGGCUGCAAGACGGACAUGCGCAAUGAAAUUAAAACACUUCCCAGAGAAACAGACAGAAUACCCUUGGUAUCUUAUGACCAGGGUCUGAAAACUGCCAAACACAUAGGUGCUCUAGUCUACUCGGAAACGACGGCAAAAACUGCCCAGAAGAGUGUCAAUGACGUCAUGGAGGUGGCUGCGCUGUCGUCUGCUGGUACCAAGAACAGUUCUGAACCCACGGGAAGUCCCACCAAUUUCCAUCGGCACAGGUCGUUUAUUCGCCGGAAACGCUUCAGUGGGAUAAACGAGGCCAAGUUACAGCUGAGGACAGAAGCAGCCAAGAGCUGUGCGAUCAUGUGAUACUGUUCACCCGUGACUGGAAAACUCUUUAUGAUGAUACUCAAUAUUUAUUAUUUGACCAGCUGGUCCUUGACUAGAAGCUGUCGCACAAGAUCGUCUUUUGUCUCUGACUUUAAGACAGUACUAUAAAAGUACCUGUGUUUCAAUUACCAUCAGUUUUCACAGAUUAUGAACUAGGCUUCAAAUAAAUGUCUACAUAAUUUUAUAUUACGAACAUAUGUAUCUGCACAUCCAUUAAAGACACUUCCAGCUAGAUUACAUGGUGGACUAGUUAAAGUAUCACCGAGGGAUUGAUAAACUGGUAUACAAUGUCAAGGAAUGUCUGUCAAAAUUAGCUUCAAGCAGAAUGUGUGGCAGAAUUACUGGUAGACUAAAGUCAUUUGUUGUCUUGUCUGAACACGACCACGACCUCUAAGUCAUCGUAUCAUGGAAAAGGAUCAGCUGUGUUAUGACAAUGUUUCUAACAGCUCGGGAACACUCGCCGCUUCUUAUGCUCAUCAUUUUUUUUUUUUUGGUUUAUGACUUGUUCUAACACUGUAAAAGAACGCAUUACUGAUUUUCAUGUGCUCCUUAUAGAUUCACGACAAGUGUAUCAUGCUUUUUGUAUACAAAAUGUCACAUUCAAACAUAAACAUCGUUACUGGCGCUCAUAUUAGUAUGGAUGUAGGGAAGCUAUCUGGAUUCUAAGGGUAAACCAUAAUUGGCGCCCUCUCACUCCAAUUUUUUUUUAACAUCAUCCAUGAUAUGAUAUAUCUGAUGACAUACCAAUACUUGAUGCAGAACAAAGAUUUAAAUAAGCUAUAUUAUUAUGGGAACAGCUAAAUUGCAAUCACUUCGACACUGGAUCCUGGAUGUUUUUGUUUUUUUUAAUUUGAUGUCUUGUGUUACAUAGGUAUUUGAUACAUUCAUUUUCAAGAUUAUUUACAUUUUGUAAUUUAUUCAUUCAAAGGUGUCUUUUGUAUAUUACAAACAACUUGUCGAAGCUUCAUACGCGUAUACUAAUUCAGACAUUGAUAUGAUUGGAUGUAUUAUUAACAACGUAUCAGCUAAUGGUGAUGGCCCUGUACGAACAUGUCAGUGGAACGGCCGUACGUAGAGCGGCAAAGGACAGGAGGAAGUAACUGUUGCCAUCACCCGAAAUAUACUGUCCUUUCCGAAAAACAGAUUUGUAGUUGGCAUAUAUGCAAAUGUCUUCUAUGAAAAUAACCAUUAGACAUCCAUAUGUUGGAAUAUACUUUGAAUAAAUCCGAUGGUCCUAGGCUUUCUUUUCUCGUGGUAAAAAGGCUUGGGUCAGAUGCGGCCACAUGUGACUAUUAAAGCCAGUGACCCUAGUUAUUGGGGUACAAAUAUUUUCAUCCAUUAUAGCUUUCUUUUUCUAUUAACGGUUUUUCUUCUUUUUUUUCUUAAAUUAUCAAGUUUGGCAAAUCAGAAGCAUCUAUGUGAAGUUCUUAUGGGCGAGUGGUUAAGGAAAUAUGUUGAGGUCCUGAAUUAAAAAAUAAUAAUUUAAAAGAAAAAAAAUCGCAGACUCUGAAAUGCCAUUAAAAUCGGUGCACAAGGUUUGGAAUCCUGCCAAUUCACAUUUUCAGUUUAAAUAUUAAAAUUAAUAUUAUUCAAACCCCCCCCCCCCCCCCUCAAAAAACAACAACCUAACCCCAAAACAAAACGCAAAAAACACACACAAAAAACCCACCCCAAAACCCCCCCAAAAAACAGACAAACAAAAGCAAACAAAAACAACAUUAAAAACAAAAUUUUAAAAAGAAAAAAGAUUGAUCGUAACCUCGGAAACCUAGGGUCAUUGGCGUUAAAUGUUUUCAUAGUUUGAGAACUAAUAUACUGUUUUGUGAUUAAGAAGUAGUGCUGACAUUCUGUCAGUCCAAAUCAGUGGUGUUCUGUUCUGAAUUUGAAAAAAGCUCGAAUGCGAUCAUCCAUGAACUAAAAUAUGAAAAACAUGUUAUGGUAAUGAUUUUGUUCUCUGUAUAGUUGGACACUGUGAAAUAUUUCGCAUUAGAACAAACUCGACUCCUGGUGCUAUGAUGUGCAUAAUUGUUUUGUUUGUAUUAGUUUGCAUCAGACGAGAUAUAUGUAUGGUAUGUACUGUCUUGUGGACGUGCAGUUUAAAUAUGGCAUGGAAGAAUGUAAAUGUGUAAAUGUUAAUGUAUAUGUAAUGUUAAUAGGCUGUAAUUGCGAUUGUCAUGUUAAUGCGAGGGCGAGUGACGUCAUUUGAUUGUGCGAGGAUGAUGAUUAAGUGCCUUUAUUGCACUAUUGCAAGUAUUAAAUCAUCAAACUUUA